AUGCUCGAUACAAUCCGAGAUGCACCUCUGGGCCAAUUCCUCCGAUGGAUAACCCAGAAUAGAAUCCUCUUGUAUCCUGAUGAGCGAGAAGGAUUCGUGUUACCAAAGCUGGCAUCUGGUACUUCUGUCGAGGACGUUACGAACCCCGACAAUUCUGUAUCCGACCCAGUCGAGGCACAAAAGGAGAGCCCUGAAACACAGAGUUCGGAAAAAGCAGAGGACUCGAGACCGGAUUCUGAGUUGGCGGACCUUGAAAAGGCUGGGGGGAGUAGCGGACCGUCGACACGCCCAACAAGAAGGUCAAACGAUGAAAAUUUAGAGCCUAGCCUCGCAAGACAACGGAGUCUGUCGUUCACAGAAGAACGUUACGCCUUGGAUCAGCAACUGGAGCUGGAAAAAACCAACAGCAAGCCAAUAUCACUCUACAAAUCGGCUGAUGGCACCAUUCUCGUUGACUGGUAUACGACUGAUGACCCAGAGAAUCCGCAGAACUGGUCGCAGGCAAAGAAGCUCUUUAUAUUGGUUCAGAUAUGUGGGGUCAUGCAUAGAUUCGGCGUUGGUGAAGCAGCAGCAGCAAUGGGCCUUGCUAUAUAUGUGAUUGGAUAUGGAGUUGGCCCCCUGCUGUUCGCCCCCCUUUGUGAGAUUCCUGCCAUUGGCCGCAACGGAGUUUACACGCCUGCCUUUAUCUUAUUUACCAUCAUCUGUAUCCCGACAGCGGUGGUAGACAAUUACGCUGGUCUCUUGGUUCUUCGAUUUCUACAAGGCUUUCUAUCUAGCCCUUGCCUUGCCAAUGGAGCUGCCUCAGUCAGUGAUAUGUUCUCCCUCCUGUUGCUCCCCGUCUAUCUCUCCUCUUGGACGGGUGCUUGCUUUUGGGGCCCUGCUCUUGGACCGGUCAUGGCGUCGUAUGCCGUCAGUGCUAAAGGAUGGAGGUGGUCGUUAUGGGAGCUACUCUGGCUUAGCGCACCAAUCCUGGUCGUCUACCUGAUUGCUUUCCCUGAAACCUCUGGCGCUACAAUUCUUCGACGACGAGCUGCGCGACUUCGGAAACUUACGGGCAGGACAGAUCUACGGUCCCAGAGCGAGAUCGACCAGGAACAUAUGAAGUACUCGGAAGUCUUCUUUGACGCCAUCAUUAAGCCGCUCGAGAUCAUGAUGAAGGAUCCUGCUGUCGCGUACACUAACCUCUAUAGCGCUCUUCUCUAUGGCAUCUACUAUUCCUUUUUCGAGGCCUUCCCGCUAGUCUAUGUGGGGAUCUACGGUUUCAAUCUCGGCGAACUGGGCUUGACUUUUGUGACCAUCGGAGUGGGGUGUACGAUUGCGGUCGUUGUCUACAACACAUACCUGCUCCUCUACCUAGUGCCUGACAUCAUCAAAAACGGCCUGCGGGCACCGGAGCAUCGGCUAGUACCUGCAUUGUUUGGCGUCUGCACGUUGCCCGCGGGAUUGUUCAUGUUUGGUUGGACAUCUCGCCACGGCGUGCACUGGAUAGUCAGCACCAUCGGCGUGAUAAUCGUGGUUUGCUCCAACUUUGUCAUCUUCCAGUGCAUCUUCGUAUAUCUCCCGUUAUCAUACCCGCGCUACACCGCCUCGCUGCUUGCCUCCAACGACCUCUUCCGCUCGCUCUUUGCCGCCGGCACCGUCAUCUUCUCCCGACCUAUGUUCGUCAAUCUGGGAAUUGGUCCCGGUAUUAGUCUGCUUGCAGGGCUGGCGUGUGCUGGGGUGGUCGGUAUGUUUUUGCUGUGGAGGAUCGGUGGUAUGCUGAGGGCAAGGAGUAAGUUCGCGGUGGGUUAG